UCCAGCAUAAAGCCCGAGACGUAGAGAUGCCAUGCACCAUACGAAGCAAGCAAGCCUUUGUGACGUGUAAUCUUGCUCCCCCACUCAUUCAUCUGCAGGACUCUCCUCUUCUGUCUUCGCUUUUAUUAUUGUUAUCAUUAUUUUCUCCCGUAAUUAAACCCCAUUUUUGAUAGUAAUCUUCGCCAAUCUUCCUUUGUCACGCCCCCAAUUUCGAAGCAUGGCUAGCAAGAUGGAAGACUCCCACUUCACAAAAUCCAAGAAAGAAGAAGAACCCACCAUUGAUAUAGUUAAUAUUGAUAGCCACACAAAUGUUAUGUCUGGUGGAUCCACUAGCCAAACCCUUGCAUUUUCAGGCACUGAUCAAGCAACCAGCUCGGUGCCUCCUCAAGAAGUAGUACAUCGUGACGGAGUGGGCGGUAGUGAUGGUGCUCCUGAGGUGUUGGAUAGAGAUUGUGGACGUGAAAGAUUAAAGAGGCAUAGAGAAGAGGUGGCUGGUGGGGUUAUGAUACCAGAUACAUGGGGACAAGAGAAUUUGCUCAAGGAUUGGAUUGAUUGUUCCACCUUCGAUGAGCUGUUAGCCCCAAAGGAAAUCUCAUCAGCUCGUGAAGCACUUGUUGCUGAGGAACGCAGAAAAAGGUCUCCAAGAUUGAGCAUAGCAAGAUGACAAAUAUCAGCUAGAGUUUCCCUUCCACUUGACUCUCAAGCAAUGAAGUUGGAUAUCGAUAACGAUCAUAGCAAUAAGAAUAAACUAGAUGUUCUAUCCUUUAUUUCUUCAUUUAUCUCUUUUUCCCAGUAAUUGUCAAGCCAUUGAGAGCAUUCAGAACUGCAGAAUCAGCACAUUUUUUACUAGCUAAUUGUUGUAUUGAUUCCAAUAUGUAGAAUUAGCACGUUAAUUUUCUUACUAGCUAAUUGUUCUUGGGUUGGAUCAA